AUGCGCCACCACCUCUUCCUCACCACCAUUUCCCUCCUCUCCACAACAGCAACAGCAGCCUCCACCAUCGCCAACAUCCACCCAGCUUUCCACGAUACCUGUCCACCAGCACUAUCUCCCCGCGCCCACACACACCAUCACACACCCGUUCUCCAACUCCACGAAGGAACAUGCCACCCUAUCCCCAUAACAUCCACGCAUGUAUCCUUCGACGCCCAGAUCGAGCCAUUCAUAUCUCCGGCUCCUAAUGGCGAGGAUAACAACAGCGACAAGGAUAUCAAUGAGAAAGGAGGGAUACCCCAACACUGUAAUGUGACCAUGCAUGAACAGCCCGGGUGCGUGGAUGAGCCGUUCCUUGCGCAGACGGUGCAUGCGGGGGAGUUUGGGAGAUGGGUGGGGAGUGAGUGUGCGGUGCAUCCUCGUCGUCGUCCUGUGCGGGGGAGGUAUCGUCGUGGUGGUAGUGGGGAUGGGGAUGGGAAUGGGAAUGUGUGGGUGUUGUUGGAGUGUGAGGAGGCUUCCGGCUCUCCUGGUUCUGGUUCUGGGGAUGGGGAUGGGGAUGUUCAUGGGGUCAACCAGGGUGAAGAUGAGAGUGCUGAUGCUACACAGCAGCAGGAUAAGGAAGAGGAAGAUAAAGUGGGAACUGUUACGCAUGGUGGCAUGGUCAGCUCUUCCCCUGGUGUUGGGCUGAAUGGGACGACGAGUGCAGUGAACAGCACCACGUCGCCCAGUCCUUCAUUGCAUGCUGCGAUGAAUUCAGCAGCAGCAGCAGUUGCGGAGAAGAGUAAUGGCACGAGCAUUAAUGGCACGUCUACUAGUUCUUUGGUGCAUGCUCCGCUGAACCAGACGGUGUCGUGGAAGUUGAUGCCCCGGAGGAAGAGGGGGAGGUUCUCGAUCUACUGA